UGCUUCGUGGCCUGGCAACCAGAAAAGGUUUUACCAAACACAGACAGACCCUCUUACAGCAGUUAGCAUUCGAGCUAGCUUCCAUUAGUAAACUUCAAUUUCUUGAGAUAUUCAACCAUUCAUUCGCCAUUAUGUCUUCAAGAACCCUCCCUCUGCUAUUCAUCAACCUCGGCGGAGAAAUGCUUUAUAUCCUGGACCAGCGGCUUCGAGCUCAGAAUAUCCCUGCUGACAAAGCUAAGAAAGUUAUGAACGACAUCAUCACCACCAUGUUCAACAAAAAGUUCCUUGAAGAACUUUUCAAGCCACAGGAGCUUUACUCCAAAAAGGCCCUGCGGACUGUGUUUGACAGGCUGGCCCACGCCUCCAUAAUGAGACUCAAUCAAGCCAGCAUGGACAAGCUCUAUGACUUGAUGACCAUGGCUUUCAAAUACCAAGUGCUCCUCUGUCCCCGACCAAAGGACAUCCUCCUCGUUUCCUUCAACCACAUGGACGCAAUCAAAGACUUUGUGAAAGAUACACCCAGCAUCCUCGGCCAGGUUGAUGAGACGUAUCAACAGCUCAUCGAGAUGUAUACACCCUUAUCCAGCGGGGAUUUCCAGCUGAUCAGACAAACUCUCCUUAUCUUCUUUCAAGACAUGCAUAUAAGAGUGUCUAUUUUCCUCAAGGACAAAGUGCAGAACUCCAAUGGUCGCUUCGUGCUUCCCACUAGCGGUCCUGUGCCUUAUGGAACACAAGUCCCUGGCUUGAUAAGGACGUUUAGCUGUACUGGUGAGGAGGUGGGCCGGCUGCAGUUCACAAAUGGAGGAAACUAUAUGGCUGCUCUUCGGGAGGGAUCUUUUGAGAUAUUUGGAGACAGGGUCACCAAACUAGGCACAAACAUGUACAGCGUUAGCCGGUCUGUGGAAACCCACAUGUCAGGAACAUCUAAAAACUCUGCUCAGCACACUAAGGUCAACACUGCUCCCAACCCCCUUGCCAAAGAGGAGCUGAAUCUUUUGGCCAAAUUAAUGGGAGGAUUAGAAGUUCAGAAACCAGGAAAUGCAGACAGUGGCUUCAGGGUCAACCUCUUUGCCACAGAUGAGGAAGAACAGGAGGCUUUAAUAUCAAGACCAGAUGAGCUUUCAUACGGAGUCAUAAACAUCCAAGCCACAAAGGACCAACAGGCUAAUGCAGAGCUGGCUAAAAUCAUGGGAGAGUUCACAGAGUCUGGAGAUCAAUCACCCUGUUCCAGCAGCAAAGGAGACGACCUUCUCGCCAUGAUGGACGGCCUGUGACACGGUCACCAUGACAGAAACGCCCAAGAGGAGGCGAGGGCACAAUGCAUUGUCAACAGUCUGUUCUACUGCAGAACAAACUGCUCUUUGAACCUGCGAAUACACAUCAACCUCAGA